UCGAGAAGAAUUUCCAAUCCAUACCUCGAACAUUCUUCUUCCCAGAUUUAUGGGGAGAAUUCGUCAUGUGCGGGAAGAGCACUGAGGAAUAUUAUUAUCGUUCAGGCAGCUGACCUGAUAAAGGACAGAGUGAAUCUCAAGGGAUUUUACAGGAGAAGCUGCGUUGGGUCAGAGCUGGUAGACUGGCUCCUGGAACACUGUCCUUUCGUCCAGUGCAGGUCUAUGGCCAUCGGGGUCUGGCAGCUCCUACUGGAUAUGGGGAUUUUGUCAUCAGUGGACCAGCAUUUAUACUUUCAAGACACCUAUGUUUUCUACCAGUUUUCAUCUGAUGAGUGCAGCUACUUGUACUGUGAGUUUGAGAGAGAAGAAGAAUGGCAAAACGGCGUCAAACUGUUGCUGCAGCUCGUGCCUCUCGUCCCCACCAGAGCUGGCAUCUGUGAGCUGUCUCAUCAGAAAAUUGAAGACUCGGAAGAAAGCAGUGAUGAAAUUCUUGCUCGUCUAACGUCUGCGGUGCAGAGAGAGCUAGCAGCUGUUAUUGCUUUGAGAGCAAAGAAGUCUGCAAUUGAACAAGAUGAAGAAAACAGUGACAAGCACGUGACUGUGACAGAAGCUGACGGUGUUCCGGAUUCUCAGGCAGGGGUGAUGUGCAAGCUGCAGGAGAGAGACGACAUGGGGCGAAUCGAGCUGGUCCAGAAGCUGGCAAGAGAGAACUGUCAGUUUUUGCAGACGGACAAAAAAGACCAGGAGAAGCCUGAACACCAGGAUGACGAAGUGACGACCGUUAGAGAGCAAGAGCAGAACGUCCUGGUGCUGAAGAAAGUGCAGCGCUGCGGCCCAGCCCCCCUGGGCGGGAGCGCCGACAGUGAUUGGAGAUACGUGGUCGUGUCCGGGACCCCAGAGAAGAUCUUGGAGCACCUUUUGAAUGACUUGCACCUGGAAGAAGUCCAGGACAAAGAAACAGAGACCCUCCUUGAUGACUUCCUUCUCACGUACACCGUCUUCAUGACAACUGACGACUUGUGCCAGGCGCUGCUGAGGCACUAUUCUGCUAAGAAGUAUCAAGGCAAAGAUGAAAACUCAGAUGUUCCUUGUCGGAAACGUAAGGUCUUACAUCUUGUUUCCCAGUGGAUUUCUCUGUACAAAGACUGGUUACAUGAAGAUGAACAUUCAAAAAUGUUUUUAAAGACCAUAUACAGGAACGUACUAGAUGAUGUGUAUGAAUAUCCAAUACUUGAAAAAGAAUUGAAAGAAUUUCAAAAGAUACUUGGAAUGCACCGUCGUCACACUGUAGACGAAUAUUCACCACAGAGGAAGAAUAAAGCUCUUUUCCACCAAUUCAGUCUGAAGGAGAACUGGCUCCAGCAUAGAGGAGCCAUGACGGAAACGGAGGAAAUUUUUUGCCAUGUGUACAUAACAGAGCACUCCUAUGUCAGUGUGAAGGCGAAAGUUUCCAGUACAGCCCAAGAGAUCCUGAAAGUUGUGGCAGAAAAGAUCCAGCACGCAGAGGAGGAUCUGGCGCUGGUGGCCGUCACGUUCUCUGGAGAAAAACAUGAACUUCAGCCAAGUGACUUGGCCAUCUCCAAAUCCCUGGAAGCAUCUGGUCGGAUAUAUGUCUAUCGGAAAGACCUGGCUGACACUUUGAACCCGUUGGCGGAAAAUGAGGAAUCGCAGCAAAGGCCGAUGAGGAUUUUGGGAAUGAAUACUUGGGAUCUUGCUCUGGAAUUAAUGAAUUUUGAUUGGAGCCUCUUCAAUUCGAUUCACGAGCAAGAGCUGAUCUAUUUCACGUUCAGCCGACAAGGAAGUGGGGAACACACCGCGAACCUGAGCCUUCUGCUGCGGCGCUGCAACGAGGUCCAGCUCUGGGUGGCCACGGAGAUCCUGCUCUGCAGCCAGCUGGGCAAGCGCGUGCAGCUGGUGAAAAAGUUCAUCAAAAUCGCUGCUCACUGCAAAGCCCAGAGAAACCUGAAUUCUUUCUUUGCCAUCGUGAUGGGUCUCAACACUGCGUCCGUCAGCCGGCUGUCGCAGACCUGGGAGAAAAUCCCUGGGAAGUUUAAGAAACUUUUCUCUGAACUCGAAAGUUUAACAGAUCCUUCAUUGAAUCACAAAGCCUACAGAGAUGCAUUCAAAAAGAUGAAGCCACCCAAGAUCCCUUUCAUGCCUUUAUUGCUUAAAGAUGUAACGUUUAUUCACGAGGGAAAUAAGACCUUUUUGGAUAAUCUUGUCAAUUUUGAAAAGCUGCAUAUGAUCGCAGACACUGUCCGAACCCUGAGGCACUGCAGGACUAACCAGUUCGGAGGUGACAUGUCUCCAAAAGAGCACCAAGAGCUAAAAUCCUACGUGAACCACCUGUACGUCAUUGACAGCCAGCAGGCCCUGUUCGAGCUCUCACACAGGAUCGAGCCCCGGGUGUGACCCCCUUGCCGCCCCACUGCCCCCGCCACCCCUGAGCAACUGCAGCACGUUGAGCUCCGGGGAUGCCAGUGCCCAGCACGCCCCUUUCCUGUGGGACACGAAGCUGCUGAGUUUUAUCAGUAAAUCACGAGACGCACACAGGAAAGCCAACCAAAGCGUGCUCAGGAAGUGACGUCAGCUGCCAGGGGUGCGGAGAGGCCUCUCCUCACUGCGCUCAGAACAAGAAGACAAAGAGAGUCAGCGUUCUGGAAAUGGAGAAGCCUGGUUUUUGACGCUGACAUUGUUGAUGCCACCCACCCAGUUUUCAGUUUGAGAUGUGCCACCGUCAAGACCAGAGAGCAGGUCUUCUUACACAGUGACCAAAUAUUUCAGUAAGAGGGUGCGUGAAUCAGGAAGCGAUUCUACUUUGCCUGGUGGCAGAUCGUUGUUUAUAGGUUGUCAAAGAGGUAGCUUGUUUGAAGUGAUGGCAUCACCAGAUUUCCAGGGAGAAGGCGCGGUCUCUUUUGAUACAAACUGUGACAUCACCAAAGGCCACUUGUGUCCAGGGAGUUAGUGAGGACCCACAGCUGCCAUCCAUGCUCUGCCUUCCUGGAGGGGAAUGCCAGGCAUGCAUUUCUUUGCACCCACAAUCACUUUCGAUGUUGGCUCGCCGGUGAAAUUCGUUUCUGCACAACUCAUCUGCAGCUAUGGGCAAGUUAAGCUAAGUCACUUUGCCGAUAAGGAACAAAAUAGGAACCUUUAGGAAAUUGACUCAUAGUUUAAUUUCUGAGGAUUUUCUUUACAUGUGCAAGCAGGCUGUCAUGUCCUGCUGGGAGCAACGUGAUUUCUGAAAGAGCACAGUGCCUGACACAUCGUAGGCGCUCCAGAACUGUCGAUCAAGGUGACAGGGUGACAAAGAUCUGCACUCCCGUGCCUGGCGAUGCCCUGGUGUCCUGCUCGCCCCCAUAGGCUCCCUGCCCACCGUGCGCAGUGAUCACAGCCUGUCCUGGAGGGCGAGGGGGUGGGAAGCGCAGAGCACUCAGCAGCCCCUGGGGAAGAGCAGGGUAGUAAGACAGUGGCGAUUGCCCGUCUUACAGCAGGUGAGAGGGGCCCCGAGACAUCCAGAUGCCUGAUUUUCGGUGGACACUUACACAUCCUGUUGUUCACCUUCCAACUAAGGCGGCAGCCUUCCUGUUAUUUGUCCCUUUUUUUUUAUGCCCAUUUUUAUAGAGUAGGGCUCCUCCAGUAGAUAAGACUCUUCACUAUUCUCACAACUGGUUAGAGCUCCCUCAGCCUUCAGAUGACCAAGACAGCCUAUUGGAUACAGUAAUGGAAUCCACCCCUGCCAGCUAGAUGCUUGUCACAUGGCUAAAACACAUCUGGGAGCCCUGGGGCACUUCCCACGCUCCCGCCGGUUCUUCUCGUCGGAGCCUGCGCAGAACUGCUUCCUGGGUCUCAUGGGCACCUCGCUCCUGAGCUGUGCCUGACACUUCCUGGCACCUUGAUGGCAAUGCUGUUGACGGGGCUCAGGAACCACACUGCACUUGGUAGAUGGCUAGAGGCAGCACAGGGAGAUGAUUUUUUGGUAGAACUUUCAAGAAGAUUCAGUCUCUCCCAGCCUAUAAAACUCCAGUCCUGAAAAGGCAAUAGAAUCUACAUCCUAAAUCUAAUCCUAAAGCUAGGAUUCUAUACAAAGGCACCACCCAGGGCUGGCCCACACAGGGAAAUACUCGAGGCUGCUGGGGAUGGAAGGAGACCCGCUGAAGGAGAGCAGAGCCUUGGAAACAGGGAGACAGACUUCUCUCAUAGCUGAUCAAGCGCUGGAAAAGGUCUGGCAGUUUCUGAAGAUAGCGUGUGCUUACCCCCCACACAGGUGUGCUGGUCUGUCCUCUACACUGGGACAUGGCAUUGGCCCAGUCAAAUCAUGUAAGGUCCUUUUGACAUUGUCUCCAUGUUUUGCAGUUUAAAUUUUUUUCACAUGAAAUCUGCAUUGCUCCAACUAAAACUAUUUCAGUUGCUCUAGCAGAGAACUCUUUCAGCAUGGCACCUGUUGUUUAGAACCCAAUGCACAUAGGUACACAGCCAAAGGAAUUCACACGUCCAUCAAGGUUCGACACAUCCUGAUGGGGCAGGCAGAGCUUGCCUCACAGCAUAGGUGGGAACAGCUUGGGGGAGAGUGAGGUGCUUGUCCACAGUUUCCUCCCCACCCUGCAGCCAGGUGGCUCUCAGGCCAGCCAAGGCAAGGGCGGGGGGGGGGGGGGAGGUUGUUCAGUUUAGAUUUGCUCUUCCAUCCCCAUCUUCUGAAUGUCAGACUCUCCGAAUCUUUGCAAGAUUUAACAGCUGUCUCCAGAGAUUUCCCAGGCAGCGGCUCUCAGAAAUUUCAGAAGCUCCACGAAGAUGUAAAUCUGGAAUUAAAGAAUUCAGGGCAGAACUGUGGGAGCCAGGAUUACUCAACAUGAAGCUCGUUCUAACAAAUCUGAGCUGUCCAACCAUGAACAGGCCAAUGCGGGACUCAGCGGCUCCCUGUUUAUAGGAGCGGGCCGUGUUCCCUCUCCAAAUAUGUGCCACAGCCUCUUCGGAGUAGGUUUUGUUCUUAGAAGGCCAGCCUGGAAGACGUCCACGCUGCUUCUCAGUUCUCUCAGAUGUUUAUUACUGCGUGAGAUCUCCGUUCCUGCUGAAAAUUGUAAUCUGCUGUCUUCACCAGCGAGGGGCGCACAGGCACUUCUCAGCAGUUCUUUUUGCUACAGCACAACUUCUGACAGUCCCGCGGGUCUGUGGGUUUGUCAGCCUCCCAGCGAGCCAUCCCUGCUUAAAAGUUAGCCCCAGACAAGUUCAUGCAGGCAAAAUCGCAACCUUUCUGAAUUUUUUUUUUCAUACAUGCAGAUGCUCCAAAGACUACAGUCUUUCAAAUUCACUCUUUGAUAUAAUCUGCACAGUUGCCAAGAUAAAUAUUAUGGACUGCAUUUACUUUAUUCUAGUAUCAUUAAUUAUGUUUCGAAGAAAUUCAUUUUCCCAGACCCCUAUCCACAGGCCAGGGGAGCGUGUCAGGUGGGGUGGACAGUAAAAACUGUCCACAAAUCAGGUAGGGCGGACUGUAAAAACCCACCCUCCCAGUUGCAGGGAAAGGCGUUGCCCUACAAGGCAUACCCCCCUCCCAGCGAGAGAAAUGGUUACAGGGGGGAGAGGGUACCGGUGACAUCAGAUCCCCAGAGCAGGCUUGCCCUGCUGACCCAGUCCCAGCUCCCCCAGCACCCCCCCCCCCCCAACCUUGUUACAGCAUCUCAUAUGCAAGUUCCAAACUUAGUGACCUUCAAUGGCACAACUAAUCCAAGCUUCCCAGAAACUAGGCACAAACAUUACCACGGGGUGAUCAGGUGCACUGCAGUUGUCUAACAUGGAGUUUCUUUUAAAUGCUUCGAACACGUCCUUAAAAUUUCAGCCUGCUUAGUAAUGAGUGGGCCAUUGUGCUGAAAGCUAGUAGGGAGGAAAUGUUUUUAAAAAUUGCCAAAAAAUUAGAUGAAAAUAUACUACUGUAAAAAGCAAAGCUGUAUAUAUACUAAACGUUUUUUAGCAGAAUACUAUUUAUUUGCAUAGCCUAUUUAUUGUAUUCAUAUGACACUGUUAUGAAAUCCUGGGAUGACAUCGAGGACCUGAAGCAAGGACUCCUGCCUUUUCAUGUAUCACUGAGUACGACCGCUGCAGCAUUGUCAGCUCGCGUUAACAGUUAGAAGACAGCAAGCCCGCGAUCAGGGUGUCUGCCUAACUUCUCAGGGACUACAUUUCGUAGUUUUCCACCAUUGUAAGAGCUGGUAAAUAUGAAACAUUGGUUGAAUUACCAGAAUUGCCAUUAACAGUAUUUUCUUUCUAAGACUUCAUGCUUUCUGCUUCUGUACAUAUGACUGUGCUGUGUAUUUAUCGAAGCUAGUAAGCAAUAAUUUAUAUGUACAAAAGGCCAGGCAAUAUAAGGUGAAAACUUAUAUCAGUCACGGUUACCUUUCCUUGUAUUUUCAAGU